UUCGUGAGAGGAGCAGCAACGAGACAGAAGCGUGCUGAGAAGCGACCGAACCUGGUGCACGUACGAGACAGGUGGGAGUAGCCUACUAGCCUACCGGAGAAAAGCCGAUUGGGCUUAAUACAGUACUUUAGUUUAGGAAACAAAGUCAGCUGGUUUACAUCAUUUUAUGGACAGUCGUUUGUUGUUGUUUCUGAGUCUGUAAUUAGUCGAGAUAUCUUGAUGAAAAACGAAAGGCUUAGGCUACUUGUAGUGGACAAUUGUUUGACUUGUAACAACAAAGGGGACAAGCAAAAAACAUUUUGAAAGGAGAUACAUCUAAGGCAAACAUCCAAAACAGUGUUGUCUAGGCGGCGUCGCCGGGAUCAAAACAAGACUGGCAUUCGUGUGACAGAAAACGGAUCAUCGAUAUAUUAAGCUUGAUUCACAAAAAAUCUUCCAGAGCUGUAUAUCUUCUGCGCGGGUUUCAGGGAAUACGAAGUGUAAGAUCAAUUCUGUCUCGUGUUCUGGGUGUUUGUGUUGAUCCUGUGUAAUGCAUUGAGCCAUCUGAACAGCACAGAUAAAGUGUUUCUUUAAUGUUUCUAUUUUAAGAGAAAGUGCUUUGUGUGUCACCGGGGACAUGCAAUUGAUUUUUCGGCGUCCAUAAAGCUGAAAUACUAGUCUUUGGGCGUUGCAAUAUUUGUAUUCCGGAAGCAUCUCUUGUCACUUCUUCUGUUUGAUUGCACUCCCUGCUAUAACCAAAGACAAUCCACUUAACUCUUAGCUGGUGUGUCGGCGUCUCACCAAGAGCACACUGCUCCAUUUACUAGAGCAGAUAUACAGCAUAUAGCCACAGGCUGGAGAAUACUUCUCGAUGUUUACUGACUUGAGCCUCCAAGAGGAGUACAGCAAAAAAGUGCUGGUUCACCAUCAGCGUGCUAUAUGAAGAUCACCAGCCAGGUGUUGGGUUUCCCGCGCAGAAAUGCCAGUGCGUGCUGUGACCUCCAGGUUCAUGUACCGCGGACUCUGCACUAUCCCCGAUAUCUUGUCCUAUCGGCCCCCCAUCAAGCUGCCAGACGAUGAGGUAGAAGAGAUCCGUGAGGCCUUCAAGGUGUUUGACCGUGAUGGGAACGGCUUCAUCUCCAAGCAGGAGCUGGGCAUGGCCAUGCGCUCCCUGGGCUACAUGCCCAACGAGGUGGAGCUGGAGGUCAUCAUCCAGCGAUUAGACAUGGACGGCGAUGGUCAGGUCGACUUUGAGGAGUUUGUCACAUUGCUAGGGCCAAAGCUGUCAGCGACAACCAUGCCAGACAAGUUUCAUGGAGCGGACUUUGAUUCUGUCUUCUGGAAGUGCGACAUGCAGAAGCUGACAGUGGAUGAACUCAAGAGGCUCCUUUAUGACACCUUCUGCGAUCACCUGACCAUGAAAGACAUCGAGAACAUCAUUAUGACAGAAGAAAGCCACUUGGACAGCCCAGAGUGUCAAGUGGACAUUAACACGAGCCCCAAACAUCAGAUGAAACACACGUGCGUGCGGAAAAGCCUGAUAUGUGCCUUCGCCAUUGCGUUCAUCAUCAGCGUCAUGCUCAUCGCAGCCAAUCAGAUGCUCCGCAGGGGGAUGAAGUAAGGGCCAUCCUCAGAAAAGGAAGAAAAUCGAUCGGUGCGACCCGAUUGGAAAAUUGGAUGCUUCCUCUUAUCCCGUGAUACCCUGGUCCAAUGACUCAGACACCACCCAAGUAAAAGUCAAAAAUAUUUAUCAUCCCAGAACUGCCCUCAUGUCCACAGAUAAUGACUCACCAUUCAGAGAAGGCGAAGGCCCUCAAAUUGAUGUCCACUGAUAACAGUCAUGAAUAAUGCAUAAAUUGCAUGUAUUAAACAGAAAAUAAAUGUACGUAUAUUUAUGUGGGUUUUCAAAAACAUGUUGUGAAACAUGAUGUAAGAAGUCAGGGUAGUAGUGAAAACAUUAAGUAUUUUAGGAUGCAGAGGCAAUGAGAAAAAAGACAAAAAAAUUUUAGUUGUUGUUAAACUUUAGGACACUUAUUGUGUAUAUAUCUCAUUUAGUACAUCCUCUGUAUUUAUAAAUCUUGAUUCCAACCAUCUUUGUAACACCCUGAACAUUUCUGGGUAGAUGGAAAACAUAAAAAAUAUUCCUUGAGCUCUGGAGUCACUGAGACAUUAAUCUGAAUUGGCACAUUUCUUCUCACUAUUUCCAAAGGAUGUUAAGCCUCCGAUGCGUCUCUGGGAGUAACCCUGGCCAAUUCUACAGAGUGUGGACUACUGAGGGUGUAACUGGGCUCUUAGGACCAGACCUCUCCAAAACAAACCUGAUCUACAGGGACGAACGAAGAACAAUUUUUUUUUUUUUUUUUUUUUUAAAAGAGCAUU